AUGUCAACAUCAACGUCAACGAUGCAGAACUCUACGGGCAAAACUGACUACAAGAAUGAUCCGAAGUACCAGUGGUUCGCUAACAUGCGAAGAAAAUGCUAUCGUGAGAACACCACACAUAGCACCAUUCUCAACGAAGAUAACCUAGAUAGUGAUCUCUGGUGCCCGCGGACGUUUGACGGGUUUGCCUGCUGGGAUGAGACCCCCGCUGCAACCACUGCAUACCAGCCGUGCCCCCAAUUCAUCAUCGGCUUUGACCCCAGGCGCUACGCUUACAAGACAUGCACGGAAAAUGGAACAUGGUUCUUGCACCCGCACGCGAACAAACCAUGGACCAACUACACCACCUGUGUUGAUGUUGACGACCUUGACUUCAGGAACAUCGUGAACAACAUCUACGUGAUUGGAUACUCACUGUCAGUGGUUGCUCUGCUGAUCUCAGUCUUCAUUUUCCUAUAUUUUCGGGUACUCCAAUGCACGCGAAUCCGUAUCCACGUGCAUCUUUUUAUCUCAUUCGCUCUGAACAACAUUCUCUGGAUCAUCUGGUAUCGGGCCGUCGUGAACAGGGUUAGCGUCGUACAGGAAAAUACAGAAUGGUGUCAAGUCCUUCACGUCAUCACGAACUACUUUAUGGUGACAAGCUAUCUCUGGAUGUUCUGCGAGGGGCUUCAUCUGCACAUUGCUCUCGUUGUGGUGUUCGUGAAAGAUGAAGUUGCGAUGCGAUGGUUCGUCAUCCUCGGAUGGGGUGGCUCGCUGGCAAUCGUGCUGGUUUACGCAGUCGUCAGAUUCUUCACUCCUGGCGCUACUGAAAGGUGCUGGAUGGACCAAAGCGACACAUUCUGGAUUAUCAUCGUGCCCGUUGGACUUUCGUUAAUGGCUUCAUUUGUAUUUCUGGUGAACGUGGUACGUGUGCUCGUGACGAAGCUGCACCCAGCACCGACUCAGCACGCAUCUGUAGCUGCCAGGAAGGCUGCACGAGCUGCUCUCAUACUGGUACCACUCUUCGGUCUGCACUUUGUACUACUCCCGUUUCGGCCAUUGCCUGACUCGCCAUGGGAAAAGGCUUACCAGAUAUUUUCGGCGCUUCUCACUAGUUUACAGGGUCUGUGCGUGGCGAUACUGUUCUGCUUCACCAACCACGACGUCGUGGUCGCCACUAAGACAUAUCUAUCACGCUUUCGCACACAAAACGAGGGCAUUCCUAUGACUGGUGUAACCGGGGCUGAAAGCUUAGUGAACACAAGAGACCAGGCUGUAUGA